CCUGGUGGAUUUCUGCCUUUAAGGGGUCAACGAUCAAAACUGCAGCUUUCAUUCGAUUUUUGGAGGUGAUAAAUUAUUUACAAUGAUCGGAGAGUCUGCAGUAGUGGUUGGGUGUAGUUUAUACCUGAUUUGCAGUCAGUUUGAGUUGAAACAAAGCGCUGGUUACAUCUUAUUCCAUAUAACAGUAUUAUUGGUCGCUUGUAUUCCUUCAGUGAAGUGGACUGCAGGGAUAAGAAAAUGGUUUCAUUUAAGGCCAAUUGCUGGAGAUGGCAUGGAAAUUGGUUCACUUCUAGUCCCCAUGGUGAUCACAAGUCAAAUGGCAUUUGUGGAGAAAUGGGACAGUAAAUAUGUGUUUCUCAAAGUCACAGAGGUAGAAAGAUCCUAUCUGUUAGCUUCUCAGUUGAUGAGCAUGUUCACUGCCUCCAUUCUGCUGAUUACAAAUCAUGUAAAACCAGUGAUGUCAUCAGUCUUCUUUUUUAUGGUCACGACCUGCAUAGCAGCUACAAUAAGCAUUCAUUUGGAUGUUGAUAUUAUGUGGGUGUCAGUAAGUGUUUCCCUAUACUUUGUUGCUCUCUUUGCCAUCUUGUGGUGGAUACCAGGAUGUUUUACUAUUGGUGAAGCCAUGAUUGUGACGCAAGCAGUUGUUUUUGUGACUAUUGAUUCAUUUGCAAACUUAGGAAUAAAGUUAGCCUAUCUUUCUCCUACCUUCUAUAAUUUGUUUGGAAUUCAUGCUGAAGCUACACGAGGAACUCUCACUUUGUGGAUGCAGCUUUUGGUGGUUGGAUCACUUACAACAGGUCUUCUCCUUCUGCCAGUAUUUUACUAUCUUACAUUAGUAAGGGACUAUUGGGAGAGAGUAACUGGUUACAUGGCAUUCUAUGCUGUGUUGUUCUUUACAUUCUUUGCUCUGCUGUUGCCAUGGUCUGUGCUCAUUUUGGGGGGCAUUAAUCCAUUUGUGUGGCUGUGGGACUAUUUAGACUUUGGGGACAUUAGGAUGCCACUAGUACGUUACUGGUUCUGUGUUGUUCUUGUAGCUGUAGGGUUUGUAGCGUGGAAAAGUCUGCGCUUGCAAUCAUCGCCAACAGCCCCCAGCACAAUAACUCGUAAAGUUUUCCACUUGUUGGCGUUAGCGGUCUUCAUACCAGGCGUGGUUUACGAACCAAACGUAACACAUUUAGCUUCAUCAGUUGCUGUAGCAGCUUUUAUAUUUAUAGAGUAUAUCCGAUUGUACAGAAUAGGACCGUUUGGUGAAUCCAUUCACUCAGCGCUUGAGGUGUUCUUAGAUGAGAAAGAUUCUGGUCCCCUCAUUUUAACCCACGUGUAUUUGUUGCUGGGCUUUGCAGUACCUUUGUGGCUAUAUCCUGUUGAUUACAUGAUCGGUGAUUCCAUUGGCUGCAACCUUGCUCUGUAUUCUGGGAUCCUUUCACUUGGUAUUGGCGACACGAUGGCAUCCGUUGUUGGGAAAAGAUUUGGACGCUGUCGCUGGCCAGGUGGAGUGAAAACUGUGGAAGGAACAUUGGCCGGUGUCGCAUCGCAACUGUUGUUUCUUUGGAGUCUACAUUACAAAGGUUUUCUAUUUUUACCAGAAGAAAGAUGGUGGUCAGUAUCCAUGGCGGUAAUUUGCGGAUCACUGCUGGAGGGGUGGACGACACAGAUCGAUAAUAUCGUACUCUCGCCUUUCUUGUGCUCACUUCUAUUGUUCAAAUGUAGGUAGGACAUAGUUGAACAAUGCUGCAGAGAACAGAACGUCGUAUGAUAAUAUUUUGUAACAAACAGUCGCGUUUAUUAUGUAUGCAUACUUCCCCAACCAUCCCCGUACCUCGUUCUCGUGAAAUAUUCGCUGUCAUUUUCGACAGGUAAUACUGACAUGCUGCUAACAUUCUGAUGGUAAGAUUUAAAUCAGUUUUCUUUUCAUGUUGAUUAGCGCUUUCAUUUUAUGUAACCUAAAUAGAGUAGUACGUUUUGACAAAGUGUCCAAUAAUAUAGAGACUUCAUCGAUCGAUGAUGACGAUGGCUUGUUUAUCGUGCGUCAGGGAAACGUUAUAUCAGAUAGAGUGACGUCAGCCCUCUUCAUUAGACCAUGUACAGAAAUUGAUGGAAUAGAGAAUUAGCUCUGAAGCGUAAAUUAAAGUGCUAUAAAGUGCACGUUAAUUUACGCUUCAGAGUUAAUUCUCUGUUCCAUCAUUUUUAUUCAUGGUGCUCCGCAGCACAACAUUUACAUGUACAGAAAUUGUUUGUACCCUGAUUAGUUUGUGGUCACUACAUGAAAGUAAAAACAAGUCACAGUGAGUAACCAUUCAGUGUAAUAUGAAAAAAUAAAAGACUCAAACGUU